GGCCUCGACGCUGCCGUCGCCGCCGCUGCGCCGUCGGUUCUCGAAAGACAUCGCUGGCCGCAGGCUACUCAUUGUGCUAUGGCUGCUGCCGAGGCGACCUCCGAGAUCCGGAAGCAGGCUUUGCUGGUGUUCGAUAGCGAGGAGGAAGUCUCCGUCUCCCUGGCCAAGUACACGGCGGAGUUGUCGGAGAAGUUCGUACGCGAGAAAGGGGCCUUCACUGCUGUUCUCUCCGGUGGAACCCUCAUUGAAACCCUAAGGAAAUUGACGGAACCGCCGUAUUUGGAGUCUGUGGAUUGGGCUAAAUGGCACAUCUUCUGGGUGGAUGAGCGAGUGGUGCCUAAGGAUCACAAGGACAGUAACUACAAGUUGGCAUUUGAUGGAUUUCUGUCCAAGGUUGCUAUUCCCUCGAAUCAAGUUUAUGCAAUCAAUGACACGUUAUCAGCGGAGGGUGCUGCCGAAGACUAUGAGACUGUGUUGAAGCAUUUGGUGAAUGCAGGGUUGCUGCCAUUAUCAUCUGUGACAGGAUACCCUGUGUUUGAUCUCAUGUUGUUGGGAAUGGGACCAGAUGGCCACAUUGCUUCUCUUUUUCCUGGCCACCCUCUCCUCAAUGAACGAGAGAAGUGGGUGACCUUCAUAAAGGAUUCUCCAAAGCCACCACCAGAAAGAAUUACAUUCACGUUGCCUGUGAUUAAAUCUUCUGCUUAUGUUGCAAUGGUGGUCACUGGAGCUGGGGAAGUUCAUGCUGUUUCGAAAGCUCUAGGGAGUGAGAAAAGGUCAUCUGAUUUGCUUCCUGUGGAGAUGGCUUCCCUUGAAGAUGGUGAAUUCACUUGGUUUACUGAUAAAGCAGCAGUCUCCAUGCUUAAAGAUAAGGCAAGCAUGUAGAACCAUUAAGUAUUUCAAGGUUUUUGCAGUAUUCUGAAUUUGAAUAACUUAUCUGGAUGAGUUCUUAUGUCCAGUUGUCUGGGUAUGUCUUUGUACACUUUAAGUGUAAUCCAAUAACUAUAAUAUUACUUUUGCUUUUUACUUCUUC